AUGUCUGAGCAGGACCUUGCCAGCAUCCGAAUCAACCAGGGCCGCUUGAUGAACGACAUCCACUCUACUAGCCAAUGGGGCAAAGGAGAGAGAUGGGGCGAUGGACCUACAGAUAUUGGCAUGUCUCGCCUCUCCCUCUCUGACACUGAUAAGCAAGCUCGCGACUGGUUCGCCGCGACCACGGAGGAUCUGGGCUGUAAAGUGCACUAUGAUGCCAUGGGAAAUCAAUUCGCCGUGAGGCCGGGUCUGAAUGCAGGUCACGCUACAUAUGCUGGUAGCCAUCUUGACACACAGCCCACAGGUGGUCGGUACGAUGGCAUUCUUGGUGUUUGCGCUGCUGUAGAGAUGUUAAAGACUAUGAAUGACAACUGGGUCGAAACUGCCUACCCUGUUGGAGUCGUAAACUGGACCAACGAAGAGGGAGCUCGCUUCCCAAAGUCCAUGGUUGCUUCGGGAGUCUGGGCUGGAGAUAUACCGCUCGAAGACGCGCACAAUUUGAAGUCCGUCAUACCUGCUAAUGACACUGCCACCAUGAAGUCCGAGCUAGAACGCAUUGGAUAUUUGGGCUCGACUCCAGCGAGCUACAAGAGCACUCCUAUGGCUGCCCACUUUGAGCUGCACAUUGAGCAGGGGCCGAUUCUCGAAGCUGAAGAACGCCGCGUUGGAGUGGUCAAAGGCGUGCAAUCGUACAAGUGGUUCACGGUGACUGUCAAGGGCCGCGACGCGCACACUGGCGCGACCAGCUUCCAGCAUCGAGCUGAUUCUCUUUUGACUGCUUCAAAGAUGAUCCUUGCGUCUCACAAGAUUGCGCAUCGGCACAAGGCUCUAGCCUCGACUGGAAUACUGACCCUCAAGCCUGGCUCCACAAACACCGUUCCUGGAUUUGUUCAGUUUACUUUGGAUAUCCGUGCCCCGAAGGACGAGACUGUCGAUGCUGUAGAGGUCGAAUGUAAAGCCGCAUUUGCUGCCAUAUCCGCAGGCGAGAACAUCGAAGGCGUUAAUGCAGACUGCGCCGUCUCUAGCCGACAUUGUGAUGUAUCUUGGCGCACUGAUUUCGUCUCUCCGGCCACGUACUUCCAUGACCACUGUAUCAAGUGCGUCCAAGACGCAGGCGCAGCACUCUAUGGCGAGAGCGAAGUCUCAGGUCUCGAUAUUGGCAGCUGGGGUAAAUUCAUGACGAGCGGAGCUGGUCACGAUUCAGUGUACACCAGCAAGCGAUGCCCAACAAGCAUGAUCUUCAUACCCUGCAGAGACGGCGUCUCACACAAUCCUGCCGAAUACUCUAGUCCUGAUGCUUGUGCCGAUGGCGCAAAUGUCCUGAUAGGGGCCGUACUACGAUAUGACCAAUUGAGAGGAAAUAGAGGAUCAUGA